ACAAAAGAAGAAGAUGCAGUUCGGAGUCGUAAAAAUAAGUUCGAAAGAGUUGGAAAAGCAAAACUCUGUAGUGCAGUGGAGCUGGGACUUCCUCUCCUGUGUUCUCCUCCAUGAGGACUUCGCAGUUUGAGAGUUAGAUUAGCAGCUGUGCUCUUACUAGUCUCAGUAACGAACGAGAAGAAGCACAAUGUCGCUGAUAAGGGAAGAAAAAGUUGUUUGUGUUGUUUGUUUCAAUGCUUCGAAACAUAAGCCCAAACCCCAUCUAAGGACUCUGGAGUCGGCUGAAGAGAAGAAAGGAUCCAAAGAGAAAAACUGCAAGUUCUGUGGACAUAUAUGGAAGCAACUCCACGUUGUACGCGGAACGAAUAAUAAGUGGUUUCCAGUUCGCCAGAGACCAGCACGUGUUUCAGGUGAAUACCAAGUCUGUACUUAUCGAGAGAAGUGUCAGAAAGGUGCAGUUUGUACUUUCGCUCAUAGCAGUGAAGAGCUGGAAGUAUGGAGACGCGAGCGUUCUGCUGAGCAGUUGAAAUCGGGUGCUGAAGUCCGACCAUUCCCCGACUUUCAGGCAGCAGGUGUGAAUGCAUCUAGCGAGAUCAUUUUGCAGCUGUGUAAGAAUUAUUUGCUAGGCAACUGCACGUAUGGAAAGCGCUGUACGUUCGCCCACAGUGAGCCGGAGCUCAGAAAAUGGAGUGCAGAUAUGCAGUCUCGUAAGAAAGGAGAGAAGACGAUCACGCCCGCGUCCACGACCCUAUCGUGCCCACUGUGCCAAGUACCGUGCAACUCAUUUUCAAUGCUGCAAGAACAUCUCAGUGGACAGAAGCAUGCUGCUCGCGUGGAGGCCGAACGUCUUGUGCAGCAGCAGCAGCGCACAUCUCAGCAAGUGUCAUUUCCAGGUUCUAGCCAAGUCAGGCCGAGCACUGCUGCGGGCACUGUCGCGGGAGCCACAGCGCAGCUUGGUGGGACAAGUGGUGGCAUGCGUGCACCGCCAUCCAUGCCCUGGAUAAGAGAGUAUCGCAUGUGCUGGUAUGUGGACAGUAGUAGGCGUUGUCCGCACGGCAAUUCGUGUACGUACGCUCACUCUCGCGACGAGAUGAACUACUGGUCUAGUAAACUACCCAAAGGUGCUGAUACACCAGAACCACACCAUUCUGAAUCAUCUGCACACUCGGGCAUACCCCCGCGGCCAUCCUCUACACAGUUUGUACAGCUCCUGCGACACGAGAUUACGCGAAACACCAUUGCACCGGUAGAGCUGGUGCGGCCGAAAGAAGGUAUGUCAGUUCGCGAGAAGUCAGGCAAGAGUGUGGACGUGCAGGUCACUUCUUCGGACUCCAUUCCCUGGGUUUUCGAAGUCACAUUUUCAUGCCCUGCAGUUUUCCAAGCAGUUGUACUCCUUGACUCAACACUAGCCGACUUCACACUGCACUCUGCCGUGCACUUGAAAAGCAAGGCUGUUUUCCCGUCUGUCUCGGAGUGCGACGGUAUUUUCAUCAAUCAGCACGUCAACGAGGGAGAUGUCUUUGAAGUCAACGUCCAAUGCACUCCUGCAGUUGGCAAGAGAGAACAGUGUGUUCUUUUCAAGUGUGACACGUUUGUUACCGGUCGUCUCGUGUCCGUUAGCCACUUGUCCAGCCAGCUGACGCAAUUGAUUCACGAUGCCAAGCAAACCAACCAUGGACAGUCUCUAUUGCAGUCUAUCAACAGCAGGAGCGUUUUCUGGGAAGAAAAGUUUCAGGUCAUUGAAUUUGAUGACGAUGACGGAUCACCGCAGCUUUUUCUUCCACCGUACGCCAUGUCGCCAGAAAUUGAGAAAAAGCUGCUUGAAGGCGUCUUUGACACCAAGCUUAAACGUGGCUUAGCACAGACUGAUUACAAGAACCAGCUGCACAUUCUCUUGUACAUAGAGGAGUAUCAGCGACAGCACGACGUGAAACGUUAUGAUAUGUAUGGCUACUUGCUGGAUCUUCUUGACAAGUAUCAACUGGAGAAUGGACCGUUGCUAUUUCCUCUACAUGGCCAGAAGCUGUGUCGUAUCUCUCUCAACGAGCCGCUGGAUGACCGCGAGCACUCUUUGACUGAUUCCUCAGUGGCCCUCGUCCGACCGCAAGGUUCUCCAGUAGUAUACGAGGCACCCGUGCAGCACUUAGGCCGUGAUUAUGUCGUGUUGAAGCUGAAUGCAGGGACUGUGGAAGCAUGUAUGAAGAGUGAUAAUCAAGUCGACAUCCGCUUCCGUCACUACCGUCCAUUACUGCAAGCCAUGCAUCACGCUGUAGAUAAUCUCGAGCUUGGUGUAGUGUUCCCACCACGGAUCAUGCCGAAUACUGGCCUCAUGCUCGGUCAAGCUAACACUAUUGAUGCGCACGAGGACCUGCUUAAAUCUACGCUAAAUGAGAAACAACGUGAGGUCGUGAAAACUGUGCUACAAGAUGAAAACCGACAGGUUCCGACUCUGCUUUGCGGCCCGUUUGGAACUGGCAAGACACAAACGUUGAUCGAAGCUGUCUUUCAGCUCCUGAAGCACGCGCCAACAGCUAAAAUUCUUGUGUGCAGUCAUGGCAAUCAGACUGCCGAUCUCUAUGUACACGAGCUUCAUGAAAGAUGGAAUGCUCUUGCUCAGAAGCGUGUCUCUCUCUUGCGACUCUACAAUACUCACCGGCGCUUGAACACAAUUGAUCAGCUGGUACAGAAGUAUUGCUGUGUACGUGAUGGUAGUCUGUACAUGCCGGCCUUGGAGCACAUCCAGCAGUUUCAAGUGGUGGUCACAACGUCAGACAAUGCGCACGUAUUGGCCAGCCUGGGAAUGCCAAAGAGCUACUUUACGCACGUUAUUGUGGAUGAAGCAUGUCAGAUCAUGGAGGCAGAAUCCUUGAUUCCAGUCAGUUUGGCUCAUGUUGGUACAAAAAUUGUGCUGGCAGGUGAUCAUAUGCAGAUGGAACCUGCAGUUCAUUCUCUUUUGGCGCGGCGGUUUGAUUUGCACCGAUCUUUGCUUGAUCGUCUCUACGACAACAUUGUGUAUGAGAGUUUUCCUGAGCUGCGGGUCGACCUCACUGAUAGCUAUCGCUGUGUGAAGGAGAUAUUGGAAUUGCCGUCUGAGUUGUUCUACGAUAGUCAGCUGGUAUCUAGUUACACAAAGUCGCCAACGGGGCCACAUCACAUACCUCCCAUGGUUUUCAGGAAUGUGCGUGGUCAGGAGACACAGGAUGCCGACUCUCCCUCGUUCUACAAUGUGCAUGAAGCUGCAGCGGUGGUGGAGGCUGUUGAGCACCUAGUCAACUGCAACAACGGUCUCCCAGCAGAGGAUGUGUGUGUAGUCUCUCCCUACACAAAACAAGUUGAAUUUAUUAGAUCAAUGUUGAGACCGAAACGACUUGGCAGGGUCAAUGUACUUAACAUGCGUCAGAUGCAAGGUCAUGAGUUCCGUGCCAUUAUUCUCUCAACUGUCCGAUCUUGUGCUGGUCAUCCCGAUCUUCUCGAAGACUCUCCUCAGCUUGGCUUUCUCUCUAGUCCAAAGCUGUUCAACACGGCUGUGACACGAGCGAAGGAGUGGCUGAUUGUGGUAGGUGAUGCGUUCACGCUGGCAUCGGUGGGUACAAACAGGCAGUGCUGGUUGAAGCUCAUGGGUCGCUGUCGCCAUCAGUUCAAUUCCUUCCACUCUGAUGACAAUCAAACGCGGGACUUUGAUUUACAGAUAACAAGCUCCGUUGAUUUACCAGCUAGAGCAAUUGUGGCAGCUGCAGCUCAUCAUCAAAGACCAGCCGAUGAGACACUACCUAUGCCAGCUAGUUUUAGUGAUGAAAAGCUGAUGGGCAUGAUGCGCGACAGUCGUCUGAGACGAGAAGUCCUAUGGCCUCGUGUUGAGCCGCUGGUGCGUGAGCUGCACCCAAAGCGCUAUCAUGAAAUCACCGCUGUAUUGCUUAGUUUGGAGGCAGAAGAUGUUCUGCGGUUACUUGUUGACAAGCAGCUUAGAGUACAGCGAGUUAAUGUGAUACGCCAACACCUCGAUAAAGGCAUGACUGCUGAAGAAGUGAGUCGGAAUAUGCUGCAAAUGAUUGAUCAGCACAGGAAACGACAGCAGCAGAUUCUUCACCAGCAGCAGCUGCAGCAACACCAGAAGCUGAAAGAACAGCAGCAACUUCAGUGGCAACAGCAACAACAACAGCACCAGCAGGCUCAUUCCUCUCCAGGUCUGAGAGUGGCAGCAGGCAGCAACCCCGCUCAGACCCAGAAACAGCAGCCACAACAGCAGGCGCAGCAGGCACAGUUACCACCGCACCUGACAUCUCAAGGUGACCGGCAGCUUGGUCUAUUACCUGGACAGAAUCCACCUGCAGCAACGCCGUCACCACGGCCCACAGUAGAACAGCCUAGCCAACCGAACGACAUUGCAGCAAGCUUAGCUGCAGUUCAAGAACUCUACUCCACCCAGAGCAGACUAACAGAGGAGCUAGACAUGUGCUCUCGCCGUUUAGUACAUCGCAUAGCUUCCACGCUGCCCAAACAUCCGUCUCUACAUGCGUUGCAUUCUGCUCAACAACAGCAAAUCCGAGCCAUUGCGCAGCUAAGAGGCCAUCAGCAACAUUGCUUUAGUAGCUUUAUCAACGUGGCACCCGUAUUAACGGAGGCGGCAAAUUCUUCUGGCAACGGUGCACAACGGCACGAGCAACUGCCACAGCCACCGCAGCAGCCACAACAGCAGCCACAACAGCAGCCUGCAGUAGCACCGGCACAUCACAUGCAGCAGCAGCAGCAACGCCACCAGCCACAGGCACAUCAGCCCCAACAGCAUCAGCAACAACAGCAGGUCUCUCCACUCGCGCCGGGAGCUGGUCGUCCCAUGCCGCAUACAUCACAUAGUAACUUUAGCCAAUCAAAUCUAGCAAGUAGCCUCUCAUCACAUCAGCAUACUCAGCCACAACUCAGCACAACGCUCACCUCUCCACAACACAACACUGCUAUUCCCCUGCCAAAGGCUACAAACAUCGAACACUUAGCUCCAGGAGCCGCAAUAUCAAGCCAGGCGGCGGUGGCAGCAGCAGCAGCACCACCACCGGCGUCAUCAAUAACAGAGGAUGUUUACGAAUCUGAUGAUGAAAGCUGGCAGUGAGUACAGCAAACGUUCCACUAGCUCAAAAGCAAAACGCAUUGAUUAAUAAUUAACUGAAAAUUUUUCCUUACUCAACUAGCAUGUAUAUUGUGCAUGUGUGUACCUGACAUGACAUUGAACAUAAACAUAACCUUGCGUGUCUGAGUGCAUGCUUGCCUGUCUGUAUGCGUGUGUGUAUGUGUGUAUGCGUGUGUGUAUGUGUGUGUGCGUGUAUAUGUGUGUAUGUGCAUGCAAGAUAUUAUUUCCAAAGUAGUUAAACAUGAAACCCUACUGUGCAUAAUAAAACAUGCCUGGCUAGGCUAGCAAUUAGCCUACAUGGCUUCAUACAAUUUUUCUUACAUGGAACGGAUUUUUAUAUGUUUAUGAAUGGCGAUCUCUGCUUUCACCUGCUUUUCUUGCUUUCUCGCUUAGUGCAUCUUGCUGACAUCACGUUUUCUAUUGUUUGAGCAUAAAAAGAACAUCAACCAAUGACAUAAACAUCUUGACACAGUA